AUGUCAGAAAAAGAACCAAAAGAAACGGUGGUAAAGUUGGAAGAACACCAAUUUCAACAUUUAUCAAUCAUUCUUAGUAAUAUUACCCAAGAAUUAAAAAACAUUGCUGGUAGGCAGGAGAAAUUAGCAAAAGAGUGUCAAUGCGAAAUAAGCAAUAAACCCCGCACUCCUUAUUAUGAUACUUCUAACUAUGGUUAUGCUUAUUGUGAAAUUUGUGAAACAAGAAUAGCAGGAGCAGGAAAGCAUGGAGUUAUAAAAAACCGCAAUGACCCGAAGUUUUGGGGGUUGGAGGUCAAAGAAAAAGUGCUGUGCGGUAAUUGUUUAGAAAAUAAAAAAGAAAAAAUGUCACCCUUACGAAAGGCCGAAUUUAACAGAUAUCGGAAAGAACUUCAAUUUGGGCUUGGUGAGAAGAUUGUUCUUGGGGGUCUUCUUGAAUAUUUAGUUCAUCUAAAUUAUAGUUAUCAAGGUCUAAUUCUAGGAUGUUUGAUUUCAUUUGGUAGAGUUUCAUUAAAUGCUUUGGUUGCUCAACGUUGGUGGUAG